AUGAAGGUCUCUGUGACUUUGGAGGUCUUAGUUCUCUCUGCUGUCUUGGUCUGGCCUUGUGCUUGGAACAUUGACAUCAAUGUGGAGAUAAAUUGUUCUCAGGACUGGUUGAUGGUCUAUGUUAGCCCGGAUGCCCAGGAUGGAAGCAAUUCAUUUAUUUUCUCUGAUGAAUUAAUUCUGGGACAAGGCUGCCCUGCAACUAAAAUACACACAUAUCGAUACGAUUUUGUAUACCUUGUUAGUGACUGUGGCAUCAGGACGAAGGUUAUCUCAAUGAACACUAUCCAUUUUGAAACUGAGAUGUACUUUGUUCCAAGGAAUAGUCGUUUUGAAAACCAGACGAUCCCUUUGGAGUGUUCUGCAUCUCGGAAGUCAGUGUGGCUUACAGCAGUGUCUACAGAUGAGGACCCAAAGGUGCCUGCAAGUGUCUUUAUGACUAAUCUUCAAAUCACACCUGAAGACCUGGGGUUACUAAACGUUCCCUAAGCUGCUUCCUCCUGCAUAGGAGAUGGGAAUAGUGCUGGCAUUGUGGACUUCACUGUGCAACAAACCCC